CCGCCCCAGGAGCAGAGAAUUCCUAUAGAUCCCUCCUGAGAAGUGAGGAUAUACUGCAAGCAUUCCCAGCCUCUGGCAUGGACUACUAACCCCAUCAUCCCCCCAUCCCAGGACCAGGAUGAAGGUGACUAACAUGUUGGCCAAAGCGUUGUACGAUAACAAGGCCGAGUGCGCAGACGAGCUCGCCUUCCGUAAAGGGGACAUCUUGACGGUGUUGGAACGAAACAUCUUCGGCAGCGAAGGCUGGUGGCGGUGCUAUCUACACGGGCGGCAAGGCCUUGCCCCGGCCAAUCGUCUUCAGCUCUUCAGCAUCCCGCAGAAUGACUCUCCUCCUUCCGGGUACUUCAACUAUAACUCUCUGGGGAGGCUGCCGAGCCCGCAGAACAUCUACCAGGUGCCCUCAGCGCCCAAGAUGGAGUCUGGAUCUAUGUAUGAGCCCAUGGAGAACCUGUACAUCUCCCCGAAGACACCGAAGACCCCACCUGGGGACAUCUAUCAGACUCCGCUGUCGUCUCCGGCUGAAAUAUUUUACGAAAAAGCCAACAGCUCUUCCAGUCAGCAUUUGUUCACUCUUCCACGAGCCUCGAAGGCCUCCAGUAUAAGUCAGGCAGAGCUCUAUGAUGUCCCACCCUCCUCCACCCAGAGAGGUAAAACCCCAUCGCCGGUCAAUGGGCGGUCCCCAUUUCACUCAUCUAUGGAGCAAAGUCAACAACAGCAAAUUUACGACAUCCCGUCAAGUCCGGACACACCAGAAAGGAGCAAAGCCAAGACCUCCAAAGCCUCCAAUGUAUACGAUAUUCCACCGACUGGAACGCUGGUUCAGAGAAACAGGAGUGUCACACCACCUGUUGGAGUCCAGUACAACACCCUACCAAAUCCCCGCAAGUCUGACUGGAUUUAUGAUAUCCCUUUGUCUCCCGAGAGAAACCUUUUAUCACCAAACUGCCGAAAGAUAUCCAUAGAUCAAAAUAUGGUCUACGAUGUUCCCCCGGCUCGAUAUGGGCCGGUGCAUUCCAAGAAAGAGAGCAGCUGCCCAUCUAGUCAAAUAUACGAUAUCCCACCCAGUAAGUCAACAGUGGCCAAUCAAUGUCUUUAUGACAUUCCAGCUUCUCGUGACGUCUCCCCAUCGUAUCAGAAUGGAAGUUUACGAAAAGGCCCAUCGAGUUUUGGUAAACCAAGGAUGGAGAAGAUUGACUCCAAGGAAAACGUUUAUGAUAUCCCAAGAGGGUCAGCUAUUGGGUCUCCACCAAAAAUAGAAGUGGGCAGCUUGGCGCGCCACGAUCGGAUUUAUGACGUCCCUCCACCGCUGCCAAAGGACAACAAGCCAUCUCUACAUAAGCCUCAAUACGACCGGUUAUCUGUGUCAAGUUCAGAAAGUCGGACCAGCACUUUGUCUACUUCAUCGACCACUUCAAGCGAGUCCGUCACAACGUCCACCUCUGAAGACGGCUCAAGUGAACUGAUUGUAGAGCCAGAAGUGGUCAUCAAGAAUUUAACUGAACUGCAAGAACGGGUGUCAAGUUCCAUCGCAAGUCUAAUGAUCUUUGUGAGCAGCAAGUGGAGACUGCAGGAAAAUAUGGAAUCCAACCUCGAAGACAUCCACAGAGCCGUCACCAGCAUCAUCUCUACUUUGGGGCAAUUCAUUGACUUUGCCCAGACCAUCAAAGCCAAUACGGCUCACUUAACAGACGUUAACAUCCAACUCAGGAUCACCAACCAACUGCAAACCCUCUCAGACUCUUUCCAGACUCUUUCCAGGAACCAAGAGUCCAUUAAUCUCUGCAAAUGGUCUUUACAAGAGCUGGUCUUCGAUAAACCUCGCACCACGCCCGAUGACCUCGACCAGUUCGUCAUGGUGGCCAGGACAAUCCCGGAAGACAUUAAGAGGUUUGCGUCCAUCAUCAUUGCAAACGGAAAGCUUUUAUUCAAAAAGCAAGAAGAGAAAAGGCCGAAGACGGCAAAGGAACAUGCGGUGGUGUCCCCGAAACCUCAGGUCCCGACGCGGCCGGACACAAAGGUCCUUCAGGAAUUCUCUAUAAACCGGACGGAGGAGAAAGGCAAAGACAAGAGGCACCCGCUGCAAAAACAGAGAUCUGUAGAAGACAGCGGAUACGUCUACCUGCAGAAAAAAGAAGAUUUUGAAAAGAUGCAGCAAUUGUCAUCGAUGCAGCAACUUGAGCGGAAAACCAGCCCUGAAGAGAAGCGUAAAGGUUGGUUAAAGCCGGAUUCUCGGAUAUUCACAGAGGAAGACCCCGUGGGGAAAAGCCUUACGAGUUUUUUAAAAGAUCCACCGGUUCCUCCAAGUAAACCAGACAUCGUCCAAAGACCAGAUUCGAUCAAGAAACUGGCCCUCUCCGAUCAGUGUUACCUUUACUUUGGCGCCCUCCAGAAGGCCAUCCGCGUUUUCGGGGACAGCCUGAGCAAACACGAAACCCCCGAGGUCUUCAUCACUCACGGCAAGCUCAUCAUCAUGGUCGGCCAGAAGCUGGUGGACCUGCUGUGCCAGGACGUGAAGGUCGGCGAAGCCCGCAACGACGUUCUCUACAGGAGCAGCGAACUGUGCGGCCUGCUUAAAAACUUGGCCAUGGCAACUAAAACGGCCGCCAUUCAGUACCCCAACGCAGCCGCCAUGCUGGAUCUGCAGCACAGGACGGCCGAGCUGUCCAAUCAAACGCAGCUUUUCAGGUCGAUGUUGGAAUAACAAAGACCUGUCGGUUGACUUUUUAAUUUAUUGACUACUUGAGUUGGGCCGGAAACGGAACCACGAAUGGAUUUGGAGAUAAUGACCGCAGUUGUAAUUUAGCUGAGGUCCUAGUCACCCAUGGUGCCACAAUAUGGAUUUCCUUGCUGAAAAGAGUGGCCAAAGUCCCUAAGAACCUUACUAAGCUAAAGUACCACCCACCGUUUGGAUAACUACCAACAACCAUUUAUUGACUUCUUGAGUUGGCCGAAAACGGAACCACCAAUAGAUUUGGAAAUAAUGAACAAUUUAUUGACUUCUUAAGUUGACUGGAAAUGGAACCAUCCAUGGAUUUUGGAACAAUGACCGCGGUCAUAAUUUAGCUGAGGUCCUAGUCACCCAUGGUGCCACAAUAUGGAUUUCCUUGCUAUACAGAGUGGCCAAAGUCCCCAAGAACCUUACUAAGCUAAAGUACCACCCACCGAUUGGAUAACUACCAACAACAAUGUAUUGACUUCUUGAGUUGGCUGAAAACGGAACCACCAAUAGAUUUGGAAAUAAUGACCGCGGUCCAUAAUUUGGCUGAGGUCCUAGUCACCCAUGGUGCCACCAUAUGGAUUUCCUUGCUGAAAAGAGUGGCCAAAGUCCCGAAGAACCUUACUAAUCUAAAGUACCACCCACCGAUUGCAUAACUACCAACAACAAUUUAUUGACUUCUUAAGUUGGCUGAGAUUUUGGAACAAUGACCGUGGUCAUAAUUUAGCUGAGGUCCUAGUCACACAUGGUGCCACAAUAUGGAUUUCCUUGCUGAAAAGCGUGGCCAAAGUCCCCAAGAACCUUACUAAGCUAAAGUACCACCCACCGAUUGGAUAACUACCAACAACAAUUUAUUGACUUCUUUAGUUGGCUGGAAAUGGAACCAUCCAUGGAUUUGGGAAUAAUGACCACGGUCAUAAUUUAGCUGAGGUCCUAGUCUCCCAUGGUGCCACCAUAUGGAUUUCCUUCCCGAAAAAGGAGUGGCCAAAGUCUAAAGACCCCAAGAACCUUACUAAGCUAAAGUACCACCUACUGAUUGCAUAGCUACCAACAACAAGGGCAAACGAGCAAGGAACAAUUCAUAAUCAAACAUAAAUGUAACAUAAAUUACUGGACUGAUCGACAAUCUUCACUAGAACAAGUACUGGUCAAUGAACAAAGUUAAAACUUAAAGCGUAUGCCCCUCCAAAAUGUAUUUUGUAAUGUUUUUGGAUGGCAUGGGGAAGGAGUAGAACCCAUACUGGGUUUUUUAUUGCUAUCCAGGGCACCAUUAGGGAGAUUUUCCUUCAUUCCUGGUCCUGUAACCAGGGUUUCACCAGACAGGAAGUGAGGGUAAAUCUCCAAAACAGACAAAUAAAUCUCUCUUACAGUGUAUGUAAACUUAUUUGCUCCCUUUUUGGCUGUUAAAUAUACCAUUCAAAGUGUUUUGUUAUAUCUGCUUCAUAAAAGGAAAAAAAAAAUACCUGUUGAUCCUGCCAGAAAUUCAGAGCUGUCCUGUGUCCUCUGCACACUUCCUGUGUUAUUUCAGUUCUUAUCUUGAUCUGCAGAGAAAUUACUCUUGAGUAGGUGGAGAUGAGGGGAGGGGGAGGGAUUAUGUAGUUUGACAAAAGACAACUUAGCAGUGGGCUAACACCGUGUUACACUCACCUCCCCACCAAUCCAGAGGCAGGUAUUUUCCUUGGCCCAAAGGCUUCCGGCACUCGCGGGUUUCACUUGAUGCACCAGCGCUGCAGCUGGUCAGGAAACAGCCCUACUGGCUGGUGUUCAAGCAACGCUUCGUGUACCUAAGUCCUCUUUCUGCAGUCCUCCAUGCUUGCCCCCAGUUUUUACUGACCCCAAUGCACUCGUGUGUCGCCAUCAACUCCUGAGCCUCCAGUAACUCCUGUGUCACAAGUGACCCUGGCGUGCUUCUGUGUCUCCAGUGACCCAGGUGUGCGCCUACAUCUCAAGUGACCCCUGUACACUCUAGUGUGACCCCUAUGCACUGUACCUCAAGUACACCUGUGAGUGCCCCUGUGUUUUUCCCUAUGUGCUCCUGUGUCUCCAGUGACCCAUGUGCGCUCCUACAUCUCCAGUGACUCCUGCAUCUCUGGUAAGCUCCUGUCUUCACCAACACAUGUGACCUCUCUACACUUUUGUGUCUCUGGUGACCCCUUUACACUCCUGUGUGACCGCCCCAUGCACUCCUGAAUCUCAAGUGUACCUCUGAGUGCCCCCAUGUUUUUCCCUAUGCGCUCCUGUGUCACCAGUGACCUUGGUGUGCUACUGUGUCUUCAGUGACACCCGUGCAUUCCUGAGCCUCGAGUAACUGCUGUGUCUCCAGUGACCGAGGUGUGCUCCAUGAUUAAGCACUGAUUUGGAGUGUGAAACGCGUAGGCUGUUAUU